AUCUUUGGUCCCACUUCAACUCUUCCUACUUGUAGAAUCCCGUUACGUCAAACGCCCGCCUGAGGUAAAGAUUAGUAUCGUAGAGUUCCGUUUCGUCCAACAUCCGUUUGUUUCUCUUACCUCUCCCGCGCCUAACGAUAAAUACCGGCCCUGUCAUCGCCUGUUCUCAGAGCCUCUUCUUUCUCCUCCGUUUCCCUCUUCCCUCACUUAGCUCGGAGCGCAAGCUACCUUCCCCCAUGGAGCCAAGCGGCAGGAAUUGGGUGAGGGGAAGACCCAUCGGAAGCGGUUCCUUCGCCACGGUUAGCCUCGCCCUCGACAGAUCUCAGGGUGAAGUCUUCGCUGUCAAGUCCGUCGCUCUCAACGGCGCCAACCUUGCUGCGAUCCUUUCCCUUAGCAACGAGAUCCGAAUCCUCAGCUCCGUUCGCUCGCCCUACGUCGUCCAGUACCUCGGCGACGACGUCAGCCGCGAAGCUCGAUCCGGCGCGUGCCGGAACCUGCACAUGGAGUACUUGCCCGGCGGUUCCGUCGCGGACUUGGCGGCGGAGAGGAGGCGGAAGGGUUGCCCCGUGGACGACGCGGACGUGCGUUCGUACACGCGUUGCGUGACCCGUGCCCUUCGUUACCUCCACGACGUGGCCGGAGUCGUCCACUGCGACGUGAAGGGCCGAAAUGUCCUGUUAGGCGGAGCCGCCGGCGUCGCCAAGCUCGCGGAUUUCGGUGCGGCGGUGAGGAUUUCCGGGGGAGAUGCGCGUAGCUGGGUGCGGGGAACGCCGCUGUGGAUGGCGCCGGAGGUCGCCCGGGGGGAGCGGCCGAGGCCGGAGUCAGACGUCUGGUCGCUCGGGUGCACGGUCAUCGAGAUGGCGACCGGAGCGCAGCCAUGGCCAGACUGGAGACUUAAAGAUGCUGCAGAAGCGAUGUUUCGUAUUGGUUACGGCGACGAGCUGCCGGAAUUCCCGCCCCUGCUGUUGGAGGUCGCCCGUGAUUUCCUCGACAAGUGCUUGAGAAGGGACGCAAGCGAGCGGUGGACUGCAGAGCAAUUAUUGCAGCACCCUUUCCUAGCCGAAGCGGAAACCCCCAUGGAGGAGACCCCGCGAGGCGUGCUCGAAUGGGCAAACUUGGAGUUCCACGACGGCGCCGAUGACGGAGAAGGUUGCAGUGCGAGUUACAGUGACCUUUCUGAUUCCACCGAGCUGGUGGCUAGUGGAAGAAAAAGAGUAGGAGAAUUAGCUUCAUGCGGGGGAGUUUUGGCCUGGGAAAGUGAUGAUUGGGAGGAAGUAAGGAGGGUCGAGGAGCUCAAUUUGCAGGGGGACAAAGCAGAAGAGGAGAGAGGGACGUUCUGGGAAUGUCCUGAUUGCACCAGUUUGGGUUCGGCAGACAAGCAUGGGGGUGUCAGUGAGGAACAAGGGGAUGACUUACCCAGUGUAAUGAGAUGCUCUGUUUCUUCUCCUACUGCCUCUUGUCCCUGUUCCUUUUGCAAGGGUCGUUUGGUCUGCCAUCAUGUGAAUGGACUCAUUAGGGUGUUGUUCUUUGGUUGUUGUUGUUUGCUGUCACAACAAUGGAUAAAACUUCCAUGUUACAUCAACAGCAACAAAAAUUUAACUUGGGACCUCCUCCAUUCAACAGUAAUUUGCAUCACUUGUGUCUCUCAUUCUUCACGGCACAAAAGCACCACAGAGAGCAUGGUGACCUCCCACCAGAUGCUGUGCUGCACUUUCUUCUCUUGUGCGUAUAUUCUUAUCCAGCAUGAUGUGUCAUUGUGUUUGUGGCCAUGGCUGGCCUAGAGGAGAUGUUGGUUCCCCUGUGCUCUUAGACAUUAGAUCAACCUCAGCCAUUGUGGAUUAUGUAGGGCCCCUGCCGUGGGUCACUUCAUCCAUGGCCGCAAAUAUAUGUGGCUCC